AUGAUGGCACCAGCUGCAUCUUCAGCGACACGUCAUUCGCUACGAAACGCAUGUGAUCGCGCAACCGGCCUCGCUGCUGCCUCAGCCUUGCCCGUCCCGCGCACCCGAGCAUUCCACAUAUCGUACCGUCGUCGACAAGGUGGGAUCGCAAGCCGAGGUGCAGGCUCUUCAGCUGGAGGCCCAUCGUCAUCAGCACCCAAACCAAGCUCGCCGCUGAGCAUGAUCAACAUCCUUGUCGCCACGGCCACCAUCGUCAUCGCAACUCCCUACGCCCUCGACCUGUAUGGCAAUGUCACAGGCACAACACCUCUCCGCCCCGCCGCCUCCUCCAUCCCCGGAAAGCUCGAGCCAUACACACACCGUCCGCUUCCGCUCGUAGCCUCAGCCUACUAUCCAGAUGCAAGUACCACAUCAGUCCAUAAGCUAUUGCAGAUCGGUCUGCCCGCCUCUGUCGUGGGUUGCGGGGGCAGCGGUGGCAGCGACCAAGAACGGCUGCGAAAAGCGUUGCGGAUUCGAAGCGUCUAUAUCAAAGAACCGAGCUUGGUCAUCGAACGUGCCUACACUCCGCUGUACGACACACUUCCCGGCUCGUACUCUGCUGCGCUUGUUGGGGCAAGUGGCGAGGAAAAGCAGGUGCUCGACCUGCUCGUCAAGCGAUACCCGGACGGCGAGUUGGGCCGAAUGCUGCAUAGAGCGGUACCCAACCCGACAGUUCCGCAGCUCGAGGUGCGCGGUCCGGUGGAUACCUGGUCUUUCGAGCGAGAUUCCGCUGUCGCCGACGGCAGGCUUCCGGAUAGGAUCAUAAUGGUUGUCGGCGGGACGGGCAUCACACCGGCCUACCAGCUGUUGACCAACGUCUUUGGUCGACCUGCUGCAUCCUCUGCGCAAGUGGCAAAUGCGCCCAAGAUUGAUGUUCUGUAUGCGACGCCCAAUCUUGAGAAUGCCCUGCUGCUGCCGCAAUUGCACACCCUCGUCGAAGCGCAUCAGGACAAGAUCAGCGUGUCGCUGUAUGCCGAACACCUUGCGGGCUCGCCGGCUUCGCUCUCACCCGCCGCCCGUUCCGCCCUAGGCCCACGCCUCACCGCCUCGCCUGCUGCUUCCGGAAGAGCGUCUUCGAUUCGGUCGUGGUUGCCGUCGCUGUUCGGACGAAGCAGCUCAAAGUCGGACGAGCAACUGCAACUCACCGCCUCAGAAGCAGCGACCAAGAUCCCCGUUUUCGAGUCGAGGAUUACCCGGCAGCAUCUGGAACAGAUCCUUUCGCCACGCCACGGCAGCAGCAGGACACUAGUGCUGGUCUCAGGGCCGGAUGGGAUGGUCGAGGCGCUCGCAGGUCCCAAGUCGCGCGACGGCCAGAGUCAGGGUUCUCUCUCUGGCAUCCUCGCCACGCUCGGGUGUAGACAACAAGACGUUUUCAAGCUCUAG